UAUGCCCAAUACAAUGGAACGGUCAGACCAGGAGGCAAUAUGACGACCGCAAUCAUCACCCGUAAUAACGCACAGAACACUUCCGAAAUCUACCGCCUCAUCGGCGACGAAUUUUCGGUGCAGGAGGUCCUGAACGCUCUGGUAUCCAACUGUACGGUCAAGAACACGACACUGGAGUCCUUCAGUCCGGAGGUCUACGCCUACCCUCAGCCGGAGCAAAUCAUCCAAUGGUACCGCGCCUCUACCUUCGGGUUGGGCCUGGAUACGUACAACAAUUCCGCCGCGCUAGCUUCAAAUAUGCCCUCAUCAAAUGACACGAGCCCUCCUCCCCUCAGCUCAGCCACUCCCCUGCCCGCAGGGCUGAACAUGACUUUCCUGACCUGUUUAAAUACAACUAUCGCCGCAUCCCUGCCCUUGAUGGACCCG